AUGGCGAAUGCCCUCUUUGCGGCCUCGCACCCCGGCGCCGCCCUGCUCGGCGUCUCCGUCACAUUCGUCGUCGCCCUGCUUGGAUGGUGCAUUCUGUCCUACGUCUCGUCUCCGUUGCGAAAAUAUCCAGGUCCAUGGUUGGCAGGAUGGACGAACCUCUGGCGCUUUGCUUUGGUGGUGAGAAAACAAUAUCCGUGGACCAUCAAACGGCUGCAUGAAACGUAUGGUCCCGUCGUGCGUAUCGGCCCCAAUACGCUGGACCUUGAUCUGCCCGAACUCGCCAAGACCAUCUACGGAACCGAUGGGAAAUGGGUCAAGACGCGCUUCUACAACGUCAACAGCGCCCUUGUCGACGGCCGAAUAGUCUACAACAUCUUCAGCACGACCGACCGGGCGGAACAUGCGCGGAUGAAGCGUCCCGUCGCCAAGUUCUACAGCCCCGGUGCGGUGCUUGCGAUGGAACCGCUCGUCGACGCCGUCCUCUCCGAUCUUUGCCGUCACCUCGAAGCUCGAUUCAUCGACAACGGCAACGGCGACAAGGAAUGUGAUCUCGGGUCCUGGAUAGCCUUCUGCGCCUGGGAUGUCGUCGGCGCCACGACCUUUAGCGAAGAUUUUCGGUACAUGGCCGAGGGGUGCGACCACGACGAAACGAUGGCGAUUGCCGACAAAUCUAUCGAAUACCUCUCCUUGAUCGGGCAAAUUCCUUGGCUCGACUCCCUUCUCGACAAGAACCCGGUGGUCCGGCUUGGGCCUCCGAACCUGGCGAACGCGACGGCCAUCGCGGUCGAGCACAUCGCCCGGCGAACCCAAGGCAGGGACGCCAACUACGACCCCGAGGUGCCCGAUUAUCUGCAGCAUUAUCUCAAGGCGCAGCGGGAACGGCCCGAGGCGGUACGCGACGAAUUCGUCAUCCAGUACGUUCUCGUCAAUCUCGUCGCCGGCGCCGACACCACGGCCAACACCAUCCGUGCCAUUCUGUACUUUGCGCUCAGGAAUCGACCUGUCUGGGAGAGAUUGUGCGCCGAAGUGCGGAAGGCGCCCUGGGAGGGAAAGGUUGCGCCAUACAACGUUGCCAAGGGCCUGCCAUAUCUCGACGCAGUUGUCCGCGAGUCCAUUCGGCUGCACCCCGGAGUGUCCAUGCUUCUCGAGCGCCGCGUCCCGCCGUCCGGUCUCGUCCUCCCGGAUGGUAGCUUCGUCCCUCCCGGCACCGAGGUGGGCAUCAACCCGUACGUUGCUGGCCGCAACAAAUCCGUCUACGGCGACGACGCAGACGAGUUCCGUCCGGAGCGUUGGCUCCCAUCCGACGGAGAGACGGCGACGAGCCCGUCGUACGAGGCCCGCCUCAAGCGCUUCAACGCCGCCGACGUCGCCUUUGGUGGCGGUUCACACAUCUGCAUGGGGCGGCACUUUGCCUUUGUCGAGGUGUACAAGAUGGUCGCCACGCUUCUGAGACAUUACGAUAUUGCCUUGGCUGAUCCGACGAAGGAGUGGUGGGUGGCCGGUGUGUGGUUUCCACGACAGAGAGGCAUCAUCUGCAGGCUGCGCCGACGAGGUUCGGCCGAGUGA